AUGGCAUCAAUCGCAAGGACUUUAAGGCCAUGCGCCUCAAAAUUUACAUCCAGCGCAUUUAAGACUGUUCCGUCAUGGCGAUCUUCUUCUUUUGGAGCUGUUCGAGCUUUCUCAUCUUCUAGAACUGCUUUUAGCAAGUUUUACAGCAAAGACCACGAAUGGGUUCUCAUUUCUUCCCGACAACAGACUGGCACAAUUGGUAUUAGUGAUUAUGCCGCACAUGCUCUUGGUGAUGUCGUUUUCGUCGAGCUUCCAACAGUCCCCAUGGAGGUCGGCGCUGGGGAUGCCAUUGGCGCGGUAGAGUCUGUCAAGAGCGCAUCCGAUAUUAACAGCCCUAUUACUUGCAAGAUUGUGCAGGCAAACGCGAUGUUGGAGGAAAGCCCAAGCACUAUCAAUAAGGGUCCCGAGGAUGAAACAAGUGCAGGAGGCUGGGUUGCCCGGGUCGAGGUUGGGGAACAGGGCAUCAAGGAUUUGGAGGGUUUGAUGGAUGAGAGUGCUUAUAAGGCAUUUACUACUGAAGAAUAG